AUGCAAUCAGAAUAUACCGCACAGUAUGCUAACCGCAUUCAACCUUCAGGGACUCAGUCUUGUCCGCCCCCCGAAUUACCUCAGCUUGUUGCAGAGCAACAUGUUCCCAUUGCUGCCCAGGACAAGGAAACUCAACGCCUAAUCGUUGUCCUCUCUCAUGCUAGCCUGGAAACCUAUCGAGCCUCUCACGGCGGGCGCAAUGGGGCUGGUCGUGAUGAGAAGUACUCAUUGCUAAACAGCGACGAGCAUAUUGGUGUGAUGCGCAAGAUGAACAGAGACAUCAGCGAAGCUCGACCAGAUAUCACGCAUCAGUGUCUCCUCACUCUCCUCGACUCCCCUGUCAAUAAGGCUGGCAAGCUUCAAAUUUACAUACACACGGCCAAAGGCGUCCUGAUCGAAGUGAAUCCGAGUGUUCGCAUUCCACGUACCUUCAAGCGUUUUGCUGGCCUUAUGGUCCAGCUCCUGCACCGGCUUUCCAUCCGAUCCACCAAUUCCCAGGAGAAGCUACUUAAAGUAAUCAAGAAUCCUAUCACUGAUCACUUGCCUCCAAACUGCCGCAAGGUGACCCUCAGUUAUGAGGCUCCUGUGGUGCGGACCAGAGACUACAUCGAGUCGUUGGGUCCUAAGGAGAGCGUCUGUAUAUUUGUGGGCGCCAUGGCCAAGGGCCAUGACGACUUCGCGGAUUCGUUCAAAGACGACACAAUUAGUAUCAGUAACUAUAGUCUGAGUGCUAGCGUUGCGUGCAGCAAGUUUUGUCACGCGGCUGAGGAAGUGUGGGAUAUUGUAUGA